GAGUCUCGAGGUCUUAGAUCAGCAUUCUGGGAGAAGCAUUCCGGGAGAAGCAUUCCUUAUACGUUACCAGAGUUAAAGAGAUAAAAAAACUAGAUUUGAUAGAAAGCUGAAUUACUUACCAAUUCCCUGAAACGACAAUCGAGUAUUGCAACAUUAAUUGAAAAUUAAACGCCAGUGAGAUGACGCGAACAAGCAAAGACUACCUUGAAGACAUGUUAGACAUGUCGAACGUUCAGGAUAUUGAUAGUAAUAAUUGUCUAAGCGAAAUUCCCCAAUUCUUCGCGGGAAGCAAUGUCCUAAUUACAGGUGGUUCUGGUUUCCUCGGCAUACUUCUAAUAGAGAAAUUAUUACGAUGCUGUCCGGAUAGGAAGCUAUACAUGUUUAUGAGAGCAAAAAAAAAUAAAUCAUCUGAACAAAGAUUCAAGGAGCAUUUUGAUAAUAUUAUUUAUGAUAGAUUAAAGAAAGAGCAGCCUAACUUUAACAAAAAAGUAAUAAUGAUAGAAGCUGAAUUAAGCAAGUUGGAUCUCGGAUUAUCAGAGGAAAAUCGAAAAUGUCUUUUAGACGUAAACGUAAUUUUCCAUGUGGCGGCAACUGUACGAUUUAAUGAAUCAAUUCGUAUCGCGGUGGACAUAAAUGUAAGAGGAACGAAGCAGCUUCUUCUCUUCGCUAAAGAAAUGCCGAAUUUAAAAGCAUUCGUCUAUAUAUCCACUGCAUUUUCUUAUUGUGUAAAUAAUUUUAUUGAAGAAAAAUUUUAUCCUCCACCUAUAGAAACGGAAAAGGUCUUAACUUUACUUGACAUCUUGGACGAUGAACAAUUGGACAAACUCGCGCCUACAUUGCUAGGUAAAUGGCCAAAUUCGUAUGCAUAUACAAAGGCGAUUGCUGAAUAUACUGUUAGACAAUACAGUAUCGGAAUUCCAGUCUGUAUCAUACGACCUUCGAUUGUAACAUCAACGGUUGAAGAGCCCGUGCCUGGAUGGAUUAACAAUUUUUACGGAGCGGUGGGCGUAGUUAUGGGCAGUGCUAUAGGUUUAUUGCGUACUUUACAUUGUGAUCCUGACAAAGUGGCAGAGAUAGUGCCCGCUGAUUAUGUCAUUUCGCAUUUCAUCGCCGCAAGUUGGGAUACCGCUAAAAGAAGAAAUACUCUAUUGAGCAUCGAGAAUGCUAAUCCGGAUGUUCCAGCAACUGAGAGGACACCGAUUUACAAUUACGUAUCGAUUUCAAAUCCCAUCACCUGGAGAAGAUUUAUGAAAAUAAAUGAGAUAUAUGGUAUGCAGGUACCAAGUACACAUGUUCUCUGGUACUACAUGCUUUUCCUAAAUAAACAUAAAUUCGUGCACGAUAUUUGUGUCAUAUUUCUGCACAUGAUACCUGCUAUGAUAGUCGACACUGUACUCUUUCUCAGCGGCCGAAAACCAAUGCUAUUGAAAGCAUAUAGGAAGAUAAACACAUUUUCGUCUAUUAUAUCGUAUUUUUCGUCACAAGAAUGGCGCUUCAAUAACGAUUCCGUUGUAAAGCUCUGGAAUCGUAUGAAUCCAGCCGAUCGCAAGAUUUUCAAUUUCGACAUGGAUAAUUUAAAUUGGGAAUCGUAUCUCAAACACAUGAUACCUGGUUUGCGCAUAUAUAUAGCUAACGAUCCAAUGGAGACCUUAGAGCAAGGACGACAGAAUACAGAAGGUGAAUUGAAAAUGUGCCAUUAUACUUUAACAGUUUUAACGAUUUUAUUAGUAUGGGGCAUCAUAAGCUUAAUAAAUUAUAUAAUGUUGUAUUUCUUGUAGAAAUGCGUUAAAAAAUUUUUUAUUUAAUAGCAAUAAAUUAUU